UUUUCACGAGCGUCCUCUGGUUUGCUUGUUGUCCAGAAAAGCUGAAAAGACUCGCGCAGUCCAGCCAGGAGAUGCCAAAUUGUCUUGGAAAAUAGACAACACUCACAGAAUCGUCCACUGAAGCUCUUCACCAUGAGACUGUGUUUGGCCGUGCUGGCUGUGUGCCUCAGCACUGUAUUUGCUGCCCCCACUGUGGACAGAGAACUAGACGGUCACUGGCAACAGUGGAAGGAGUGGCAUAAUAAAAAUUAUCACGAGAAGGAAGAAGGAUGGCGGCGAAUGGUCUGGGAGAAGAACUUGAAAAAGAUUGAGCUGCACAACCUGGAGCACUCGCUGGGCAAGCACACUUACCGCCUGGCAAUGAAUCACUUUGGUGACAUGCCCCAUGAGGAAUUCAGGCAGGUCAUGAAUGGCUACAAGCACAAGGCGAGGAAGAUCAGGGGAUCUCUCUUCAUGGAGCCUAACUUUCUGGAGGCCCCAAGCAAGUUGGACUGGAGAGAGAAGGGAUAUGUAACUCCUGUCAAAGACCAGGGUCAGUGUGGUUCUUGCUGGGCCUUUAGUACUACUGGAGCCAUGGAGGGUCAGCAGUUCAGAAAGACUGGCAAAUUGGUGUCCCUCAGUGAGCAGAACCUGGUUGACUGCUCUCGUCCUGAAGGCAAUGAGGGCUGCAAUGGGGGACUCAUGGACCAGGCCUUCCAGUACAUCAACGACAAUGGUGGCCUGGACACUGAAAAGUUUUACCCCUACCUCGGAACUGAUGACCAGCCCUGCCACUACGAUCCCAAUUAUAGUGCAGCUAAUGACACUGGCUUUGUGGACAUCCCCAGUGGUAAAGAGCAUGCUCUGAUGAAGGCUGUGACUGCAGUUGGUCCAGUGUCUGUAGCCAUUGAUGCUGGACAUGAGUCCUUCCAGUUUUACCAAUCAGGUAUUUACUAUGAGGCAGACUGCAGUAGUGAGGACUUGGACCAUGGAGUUCUUGUGGUUGGCUAUGGCUAUGAGGGUGAAAAUGUGGAUGGGAAGAAGUACUGGAUUGUCAAGAACAGCUGGAGUGAACAGUGGGGCAACAAAGGCUACAUCUACAUGGCCAAGGACAGACACAACCACUGUGGCAUUGCUACAGCAGCCAGCUACCCACUGGUUUAAGAAGAACCUCCAGCAAGGCUUUCAGAAGGCCUUGUCUCAAUCUCUUCAGUAGUUCACUACCAUAAAGUGUCUUCCCUGGUGUUGUGACGCACAGCUGCAUUGAAGAGCUUGUUAAUUGUGAUAAGGGAAAGUAUUCAUCCCAAUUUGUGUGUGAAUGAAGACCUAUUGAACAGAACUGUAUAGGUCUUUCAUGAAACAGUUUUACACAUUUUAUGCAAUUGUUUUAAGUAGGGUCUUUAAUUUUUUAUGUAAAUAUUUAAGUUGGGUGUGUAGCCAAAAUGUAAAUGCCUUUUUGUUUUUGUCUUUUGUUUCAUGAUCACUUAAACCAGUUUCAGUACACAUUUCAGUUUCCUGUACCCCUUUUUUUUUUUUUUUUUUUUUUUUUUUUUUUUUUUUUUCCCCCCCUCCAAAGCAAUUAAACCAUGUGCUGAUGGUCAUUUCCUGGUUUGGGUUUUAUUUUGUUGAAGUGCAUGUUUUUGUUUAUUGCUUUAGUCAGAUCAAAUAAUCAAUGUAUGUACACAGCCUGGUUACAAAGAUUUGCCAUUGCUUUUGAACAUGUACACUAGUUGACUAAAAUCUUGGAAUUGA